AUGUUUGAAUCCAAGAACGGACUAGCCAUCAGUUUAGAUGAAGCAACACAGAAGGAACUCAAUUCUUUCCUUAUGGAUGAGCAGCAAAAGGCCAUGUUUCAUUCACAGGUCAGCGACUUUACAAAAACCUGCUGGGACAAGUGUAUUACAAGAAUCAGACCACAGUUGGAUAGUGCAGAUCGAGAAUGUGUGUCAAACUGUCUGGAUCGAUUUCUAGAUGCAACAGAACUUAUUUUGCAAAACAUUUCUCAAAAAUAA